CAUCCGUCACUCCCCCAUGGCUGCCACCAAAUUCAUAUUCAUGGCGCUGAGCUCAUGAUGGACGCCACCCGCUUCCUCGAUGCCGACGACCACCACCACAAGCACAUCGGCCUGGGGAAGAUGAACACGACGGUGGCACGCGAUCACCACCCCACCAUGGACAAGCAGCGGACGCCCAGUGGGGAGGGCCUGCCCCAUGGGACGGGCACGGGCCACCGGCGCUUCCGCUGCGUGCACCGCCGCCCGUGGGGGAAGUGGGCCGCCGAGAUCCGCGGCCCCAAUCUGCACAAGCGCGUCUGGCUAGGCACCUUCGACACCGCCGAGGAGGCCGCCGCCGCCUACGACUCGGCCGCGCUCCGCCUCCGCGGCCGCCGGGCCGUCACAAACUUCCCUCCUCCGUCCUGCAUCUCCGUCUCGGCAACCUCCUCCGCCGUCAUGUCGGAGACCUCCACAUCAUCGGCCCCUCCAUCUGAUCGGCCGGUGAUGACCUCCCAAGGACGGCCAGAGAGCCCCAUGGCGUCUCCUCCGUCGCCCCAGUCAUCCGUCGGUGACGACGCGACGGGAUCCUUGUGGUUUCACCGGGAGCCCCUCGAAUUCAUCGACUUUUCACUGCCGGCAACGGCGCCGGCGGGGAGUCGCCACUGCGACUUCGGUGAUCUCGGUGACCUCGAUGAUCUCUUCUCCACGCCGGACCUCCUGGCGCCCUGACUCAUCUGCCCAGCCUCCUCGGCUCACAGCAAAUUUUGGGGACAAUCUUCUUUCAAUCUUUCUAGUUUGAAAUUUGAAAGAAGAUAUAUACUCAAUAUGUUGCUUACAUUGAGGCGUAUUCAUGAGAAGCAGGCUGUGUUAAAGCUACAAUUUUGGACAUCCCCUUAUUGCAUCCUAGAGAUCCUGGAGAAAAAUGUAACCUUUUUAUUCACUCAAAUUUAGCAGUUCAGUCUUCAAUGAAACUCUUCAUCUUUUUGUGAUGA